AUGGACUCUGAGGAGAAGAAAGAGUUAAGUAUAGAGGAGAAACUGGAGCGGGAGAUUUUACAUGAGGUAGAGGUGGGAUUUCUUGCUAACAUAGUUAGCUGGCCACUCCUGGUCAUUGGUUUCCUACUGUGCUUUUGGAAAGUUACGACGAGCGUGGUGCCACAGCAGUUCAUAGACGAAAUAUUCCAUGUACCACAAACGAUUAGGUACAUUAAAGGGGAGUGGGGGGAAUGGGAUCCAAAAAUUACAACGCCACCUGGUUUGUACGUUCUGGGAUGGGUUAAUUAUCACAUCUGUCGAUCCUUUAGCUCGUGGACGACUCUAACGAUCCUUCGACUCACAAAUUUUAUUGGAGGUGUCGUCAUUUUCCCAAUUGUUGUAUUGAGACCACUUUUUCUCUUCAACGCCAUUGGAUUUUGGCCGGUAUCAUUGAUGUGCUUUCCGCUACUUGUUACCUACUUCUAUCUCUAUUACACAGACGUGUGGUCAUCAAUUUUCAUUAUCGAAUCGCUGACCCUGGCAAUUACGCUGCCCUUUGGCGAAAAGGUAAGUAUAUGGCUUAGUGCCCUGUGCGGUCUGAUUAGCUGUCUCUUUAGACAGACAAAUAUUGUAUGGACUCUAUUUGUGAUGGUGGUUGUGAUCGAAAGAAGAGCCUUGAUACAGAGGGAUUUCAACACUGUCCAUUUGAAUAACUAUCUGAAAUUUAUUAUCCACACAUUGGAGAAUUUCAAUCAACUGGUUUUGCCUUAUUGUCUGAAUUUUAUGUUGUUCAUAACAUUCGUUCUCUACAAUCGGUCCCUUACACUAGGAGACAAAGACAAUCACACAGCGGGCGUCCAUCUAGCCCAAUUUUUUUAUUGCGUAACAUUCAUAAUGUUCCUGAGCUUGCCAAUUUGGGUUUCUAAAAUUUCUCUACACUACUACUACAAACGCACUGGGGGUAAAAAAUUCAAGACGCUCGCAGAAUUGGUGGGGCUCAUGAUGGUUAUUAGGUACUUCACGGUAGUACACCCUUUUUUAUUGGCAGACAAUCGCCAUUACACCUUUUAUUUAUUCAAGAAAAUCAUGAUGAGAAAUUUCUGGUUCAAAUAUAUUUUGAUGCCAUGGGUUUACCACUUUGCCACAUUCCAUUAUAUCGAGAUAAUGAGAACGAAAAUUAUGCAGUUUCAUCCAGUUCUCCCCAUUGAAAUCAAGAAUCCUACCGAGUUGCCUGUACAACUCACUCAUAUUUCUUGGACUGCAUUGAUUAUCUGCACAUUAUUGACCGUCGUCCCAUCGCCCUUAUUCGAACCUCGGUACUAUAUUCUCCCAUUCAUGUUUUGGAGGGUAUUUCUGACGCCCGUUCCUGAAAACAUACUUGAUGAAUCAGACCCCGGAGAAUUGAAAUUCUGCAGAAGACUAGGCUUAGAGCUUGUUUGGUUUCUCUGCAUCAAUGCUCUUACAAUGUUAAUAUUUUGUUUCCGCUCUUUUGCGUGGGACGGUGAAGCUUACCUCCAGAGAAUUAUAUGGUGA